ACUACAAAAGGAGAAGGAGAACGAGAAGAUGGGAUGGGUUUGAUUUCAAAUCCUCCUUUAGUUUCAGAUCGAGGAGGACAGAGAUCCCUUAUCGAUUCUAUUGAGGGCGGCCGUAAUUUUGUGCAGAUCUGUAUGUUUGUGCAGUUCAAUUUUUGGCAUCUUUUGUUCAAUCCCAGAUCCGCACCCUUGGCGAUUCAAUUCAAUCAGCAACGGCAAUUGGGCUUCAUCGGGGCAUCGGGAAUUGGUGUUGCUAUUGACAUUUGGAUUUUCUCGGCGGAGGCGGCGUACACCUGACCAUCUGUCGUCGGUGUAGAUCCGGGUGAUUUGGGUGUAGAUCCUGAUGAUUUGGGCCCUGUAGGUGUAGAUCCGGGUGAUUUGGGGUAUAGAUCCUGUAGAGUUGGGCCCUGUCGGUGUAGAUCCGGUCCUGGUGACUUGGGCCGGUCAACUUGUCAGUUCAGUCUAUUAGGAGUCACUACUAGAAUAAUGUCAUUAGACAUCACCACUAUUAAAUCGGUCAGGAUUGCACCUGAUGUUAAAAAACAUGUUAACAUCAGUUUGUGAAGAAACCGAUUUCUAUGGUUAUUAUAGACAUCAAUCAAUAAAACGAUGAGAAAAAUUUUGCUCGAAAAAUUUAAAAAAACGCGGAGGGACUAAGUUUUAAAGUUUGAGAACGCGGGGACUAAUAAUUUCAUUUCCCCCCACACUUACUAUUUUUUUCCGCUUUCUCUAAAACUUUCGAACCCUACCUCCAGCAGCUCACCUUGUCGACCUCGUCAUUCUCUUAAACUUUCGAACCCUACCUCCUUCUUCAGCAGCUCACCUCGUCGACCUCACCUUGUCGACCUCACCAUUCUCCAAGCCGCCUCCGACCUGACCCCAUUAACAAUGGCCAACCUGAGGACGGCAAUGGACUCCGCCUUCUGGGACCUCAACGUUUCUUCACCUCACACCCUCGAAGGCUCCGCCAAGGCCAUUCCCGGCGACCCAUUUCCUCUCGACGGCGCCCGCGCCAGCCGAGCCCUCAGAAUUCAGCAACUCUCUCUUCUGGGAACUGGGUUCCCUCUCGGUAUUAUUCCUUCUUACUCUCCUGCUUCCCACAAGGACUCGGGCUCUUUCUCACUUCAGUCCCUCUUGCUCAGACCGGCCACUUCUAACUGGAGCCAUGAUCUAUCACUUGGAGAUGAUUUGGCCAUUAAUUUGACUAUGCUAGUCAAUAACCUUGAACAUGUGGAUUACUCUGAACAUAUGCCUAAUUGUGACAAAUUUCAUGUCUGGAAGCUUUAUAUUCUUCAUUUAUCUUGCUGUUUUAAUAUUGGGUAUGUGCUACUGAAUGAUUUUUCUCAACUUCUAAGAUGUUUACAGCUACCUUAUCAUGACAUCACACUAGAGGCUGCAUGGCCUGAGCUGUUCAUUGACCAUAAAGGACAAUAUUGGGAUGUACCGGAGUCAAUUUCCUUAGAUCUGUCAUCACUUGUUUCUGAAUCUGGAUUGCGGUACUGGGUUGGUAUACAUAAAAAUAGUGGCCAUCCCCAGGCAGUUAAUGCCGUAAAUGAUGAGGCACCUACUUCUCUGAUGCCUGGAUUGUGUGCAAAGGCUGCCUUUUCUUAUGAAAAGAGCAGAGACCUUUGGAGGCAGAAGGAGACACAGAAUGAUCUCAUGGUAAAGAAAGACAGGGGUUGGUUUUGGCGGCCAUCAUAUGAUGUGCGUCUCAAAGAACCUCAUGCUGCAGUAUCUGGAAUUUUUGGUGGGAGUUUUGCAGCCUGGUUUCAGGAUGGGCACAGCCCAGUGGCUGUUGAACUUAGAGGAGAUGGGAACACUUCUUCAAGUACUAAGAAGAGAAGUCCUGUCAGUGCUGAUUUUUUUGGUUCAAUUUGCUAUCGCUUCCAGCAUGGGAAAUUUCGAGAGCUUUAUGGGGAUCUUUCAACAGCAGGGGAAAUUCCUUGAAGGAUCCAGCUUCCAAGGCAUAUCAACAAGUGUUUGCACCCCAUCAUGGGUGGGUCAUCAGGAAAGCUGUUGCUGCCGGGAUGUAUGCGCUUCCUACAAAAGAACAACUGUUGCACAAACUCAAUGAAGAUGAUAGAUGGAGGAUCUUAUGCUGAGAACUUAGGUUUGCAAAACAUUCAAGCACGAAUCCGAAUGGUGCUGGCUUUUAUGUUUGCAUCACUUCUACCUUGGGUUCAUAACAAACUUGGGUUUUAUCUUGUUCUGGGUAGUUCCAAUGUGGAUGAAGGAUCGGAAAUGGUAUACCCAACAACAACUUGACGAGGUCCGCAUUGAAGUAGCCGACUACUUACAGACUCUGCUGUAGGUUCUGACCAGUUUCUUGAUUUUGAGUUAGGCUAGCUUUUAAUUAACUUUUUUGUAGCAAAACAUGAAUACUAAUUGCUAGGCUAGCCUUGUAGUAGGUGAAUUGGGGUUUUAUUUUGCCCAUUUUGUAAACUGUUAAGGAUGAUGAUUUCAGAUAUAAUACUCCAAUAUUCAAAUCA